CGCGGCCACGGCCACGGCCACGGCCGGCCGAGGCACCUCCGCGGCCGUUGCUCUCGCCGACGGUGCGCUCGAGCGGCGACGCAGCGUUGCCGUUCGUGGCGGCGGAAGUGGGCCCGCUGACGAACUGCGGCUGCGUCAGGUUGAGGAUGGCGUCGAAGGCCAGCGUGGCGCCACGGUACGGGCUGCAGCGGUCGCCAAGGCGCGAGCCCGAGAGGAACGGCAGGUCGAAGACGACGUCGACGCUGCUGGUGUUGAGGCCGAUGACCACGCCGCGCGCGCUCAUGGGCACGUUGCCCGAGUCGGCCACGACGAUGACACGGUCGCCGAGCUCGAAGCGCUGCGCCUGCAGGCGGAAAGGCGCGUGUGCCGGCUUGAGCAGCGCCGUGCGCGGCAUGCCCUUGAUGAUGGCCCGCUUGAUGCCCGAGCUUGUGUUGCCGUCAGCGUCGGCCUGAGCGCGCGCCGCCGCCAGCCGCGCCGUAAAGGCCUCGAUGACCUGCACCGUCUCGCGGCCGACUGCGCGCCUCGAACUUGAGCGCCAGGCCGACAUUGACGCGCUUGCCGUUGUGGUCGAGCAGCAUGGUGCUCGUGAGCUUCGACAGCGCCAGGCCGGACAUCUGAACCUUCUUGGCCACGACGUAGGACGGGUAGUAGUGGUCAAGCGUGCGCUCGGCGACGAGGUUGUGGAUCGCCGUGUUCUCCUUGACCUGGUUGGGGAAGAAGGCAAUCUCGAUGGCCAGGUCCUUCUUCGUCGCGGCCACGACGGCCGCCGGCGCACCGUACGGGCGCUCGCCGAGGAAGAAGACCUUGCUGCGCUCAGGGAACUCAAUCGAGAGCUCCUCGGCGCGGCGCUCGACGGUGCGCGUGUCCUCCUGCACGACCUCGGAGACGGCGAGCUGCAGCACCUGCUCGACCUCCUUGUCGGCCGACGACUCGUAGUCCUUGACAAACGAGCCGUCGUCCAUGCGCUGCAGGCCCUUGAGCGGGCGCACGUGCAGCAGCACGUCAACGGGGCCCGUCACGAUGCCGUAGCGCUUGCUGUAGUGCUGCUGGAUCUGCAGCGCCUUGCGGCGCCAGUUCGAGUCGGGCUUGUGCGGCGUCGACACGACGCGGCCCUGCACCAUCUCGUAGCGGAAGAGCUCGUCGGAGAUGGCCACGCAGAGGCCCUCUGCGAGAUAGGGGUAGUGCGUGAAGGUGCGCUGCCCGACGAGCGCCGCCGCCACCUCCUCGCUCUUGUGCCCCUCGUAGCGGUUCUGCACGCGCAGCACGACGCUGGCCGCCUUGCUCUCGCUCUGGAACACGUUGAUGCCGUGGAAGUCGAUACGCCCAACGUGCGGGAUCGUCUGCAUGCUCGGGAAGCCCGCCAGCGCGCGCUUGCCCAGCUCGACGCCCUCGCACAGGCCCUUGACGAGCUCGCGCCCGUUGAGCGCCGGCAGCUGGAAGUCCUCGAUCUUGGCGCGCGAGUGCACGAUGUCGGGGAAGACGCCCGGCAGCGAGCUCGGCAGGAAGUACUCGCGCUCCGUGUCGAACGUGAGGCGCGUCGCGGCGCCGAAGCCGUUGCGCGAGCGCUCGUCGGCGGUCAGCAGGCCCUGGCGCUUGUCGAGCGCGCUCAGCAGCCGCUUCUCGUCGAUGAAGGGAAUCUUCACGACGGCCUCCCAGUCCUGCUUCUUGCCGUUGAGGUCGGCCUCGAAGUCCGAGGGGUAGAAGUCGAUGAUGGGCGAGGCCGGGUCCGUCAUCAGAUCGCGGAACGCCUCGGGGAUAUGCGAGCUGCUCAGCGCCGGCAGCACGCCCAUGAGCUGGUCGAAGGGGCGGAACGGCUUGCCGAGGUCGAAGUCAAACUUCAUGUCGAGCACCGGCAGCAGAUCCGAGAUCUUCGGCGCGUAGUGGUAGUCGUAGAACCAGCCCCACGAGGCCACGCCGUCGUAGUAGUAGUGCAGCACCCACUGCAGGCCCUCGAUGUAGCGGAACGCGAGCUGGCGCAUCGCCUUCUCGUCCUGGAAGUCGAUGUGCAGCUUCUCGCGGUAGUAGUCCGUCUUCCACACGUGCAUCUUCUCGCCGAGCUUGCGCAGCCGCAGCUCCUCGGCGUCCUCCUCGUCCGACUCCUCGCUCUCGGCCGCGGCGUGCUCGUAGCGCUGCAGCACGCGGUCCGAGGACUUGAUCUUCUCCGCCGAGUUUAACAGGACGCCAGACUCGGCCUCGUACGUGAUGGCCGUGGCCGGCGCGUCGGCGACGGGGUCGUACUCGUUGAAGCUGACGCCGAGGCCGAGCGCCUCGGUCAGGCCGGAGAGGAAGCGCUGGUCGCGCGCCGGCAGCAUCGGCGGCAGGAAGAGCUCCUGCGGCGCGUCGACGGGGUCCUUGCGCAGCGCGAGCACAAAGUCGCGCACCUGCUGGAAGAGCCCUUGCUGCUCCUUGGAGAGCGCGAGCUUCUGCUUCUUGCCCUUGGGCUUCUCCUGCUUGCCCUUGUAC